GCGAGGAACACAGUAACUGUUGAAAUAUCAUUCAGCUUAUUCAUUGAGCAAUCUUGAGUUCCCUUUAUUCUCUCUUGUAGUGAAGAGUGAAGUGUGAAGAACAAUGAGUAUGAGGUCGAGAAACUUGAAUUCAGUUUUCUAUGCGGAUUCUUACCAUCCGAUUCAAGCAGGCAGCAUCGACGGCACUGAUGUUGUUCCUCACGACAAUGCUGUUUAUCGUGCUCAACUCUGUUCCUCAAUUGGCCUCUAUGACCCAUUUGGUGAUCCUAAGGCCACUGGAGACCCUUAUUGCACUCUCUUCGUGGGUCACCUCUCUCGCCUCACCACUGAACAUACUCUCCGCAAGGUUAUGAAUAAGUAUGGUCGGGUGAAGAACUUGCGCUUGGUCAGGGACAUUGUGACAGGAGCUUCUCGUGGUUAUGCUUUUGUUGAAUAUGAAACUGAAAGGGAGAUGCGACGAGCAUAUAUGGAUGCUCAUCAUUCUUUUAUUGAUGAUUGUGAAAUCAUAGUUGAUUACAACAGACAGCAGUUGAUGCCUGGAUGGAUUCCUAGAAGGUUAGGUGGUGGUCUUAGUGGGAAGAAGGAAUCAGGACAACUUCGUUUUGGCGGAAGAGAAAAACCAUUUCGUGCACCACUGAAAUCAAUCCCAUAUGAGGAAUUGGAGAAGCUUGGCAUCCCACCUCCGCCUGAGGGAAGAUACAUGUCACGCUUUCAGGUCCCAUCCCCGCCUAGAAGAGAAAGGAACCUUUCAGACAGGGAAGAAGACUCUCAUAAAAGGAGUUCUAAUGACAGGAAAAGAACAGAAGGUUCCCUCAAAAGUUCAGUGGACAUUGAGGAAGGUCACUACAAAAGGAGUUCAAGUCACCGAGAAGACCACUCUCGUCGAAGGAGCUCUUUGGAGAGGAGUGGUGAUCGUUACCCUGACAGGAGUUCAUCUGAGAAAGAACAUCGAUACAAGAGUUCUACCAAAAGAGAGAAACAUUCCCAUAAAAGAAAAGAAAGAGAUGAACACACUAGGAGGGAAAAAUAUAGUCGCCAUUCCUCUCACGAGGACUGAGGUCUACAAGUCAUUAUAUCAUCCUUCUGUUGUGCCUUUCUGCUUUGUGUGUGUAUAUAUAAUGGUAUUAAUGGGAAUGAUUGUCGUUCUGUAGGACAAAGCAAUUCACACUAAUGGUAGUAGGAGUUGUGUGAAUAGAAUGGUGACUAGGAAACUCCACUUCUCG